CCAGCAAAAAGUCCAGGAGUUACGUCCCAUCCCCCCGACCCGGCGCUCUGCUCGUCCAGCAAGAAGGACGAGAGGGAACGCAGAAAAAAAAAACCACGACGAAAUUGUGAAGAGACAAGAGCAUGGGCUGGGCGGGACGUGGCUAGACGCUCGGCCAUGAGGCGGGGCUGCGGGGCCAUGGGCGGGGCGCCCGUCGCCUCGCUCUACGCCCUGCUGGCCUUCAUGGCGCUGCUCGCGUCGGCAGACAACGACACGGUGCUCGUCGACCUCGGCGGGGACCUUCUGGACGACGAGGAGGUUUUCGUGCCUCUGACGUCCUCCGCGGCCGCGCCAACCGCCCCUCCUCCGGCGACGCCGACAUCGCCGUCGCCGGCGCCGUCACCCGACCUGCAAGCCUCGGUGACGGCGUCGUCCGCGGGUGUCGCCGCGGACUUCGGUGCCCUGAACCGCCAGCCUCUCAUCGGCGACCCGCCGACGCCACCGCCGACAUCCCUCUCAGUGCAGGCAGCGGCGCCGCGGGCCGUCAACCCCUUCGCCUACAACGUGUCCUCGGUGCUGGAGGGCGGGCGCGCGGUGCCCACCUCCACGUCGCCCGCGCCCCAAAUCGUGCCUAUCGGUUUCAUGCGGCGACCAGAGGGAAGGCCUGAUGGUGGCGCGCAGGCGCAGCUGCCGCCGCCCGCCCUCAAAAAGCACAUGCACUCGGCACAGGGCCACUUCGGGCCGUACUUCGAGGACGGCGCCGGGCCCCAUAACAUCACCACUCGGGUGGGCAGCACCGUCACCCUUAACUGCAGAGUGGGCAUGCUGUCGGACAAGACGGUCACGUGGGUGCACCGGCGCGGCGAGCAGAUGCACCUGCUCACCGUGGGCGGCACCACCUACUCGUCGGACCAGCGGCUGGCGCUGCGCUUCCGCUACCCCAACGACUGGCGGCUCGAGAUCUCGCCCGUCACGCUGCGCGACCAGGGCCGCUACGAGUGCCAGGUCACGACGCACCCGCUGCUCGCCAGGAUCGUCAACCUCCGGGUCACAGCGCCGGACGUGCAGAUCGUGGAUGAGCAGAUGCACCCCGUGUCGGAGCGGUACUACAAGGCGGGCUCGGCCGUGGAGCUGACGUGCCUGGCCGGCCAGCUGGAGGGCCCGGGGGACACGGUGCACUGGAGUCGCGGUCGCCAGCCACUGAGCCAGGCGGGUGCAGGCGUCAGCACCAACGCCAGUAGCGUCAACGGCCGUGUGGUGUCGACCCUCACGCUCCGCCACGCCCAGAAGAAGGACUCCGGCAACUACUCGUGCUCCGUGGGCAGCCUGGCCGGCGCCAGCGUCGCUGUGCACGUGCUCAACGGGGAGCUGCCGGCGGCCGUUCACGACGGCAACUCGGGGGUCACCUCGAGCCGGGUGGCGACGUGGCUGCUCGCGCUACUGCAGUGCAGCCAACUGCUUGCGAGCGGCCGGUGACAGUUGGCCAGCAUGCUCACAUCGUAAGGAGCUGCCGUACUCGGGUAAGUAAAGUUGACGACAC